AAAUCGUUUAGAUUAGUUUCCUGUCUUGGGUGGUGGCUUCAAAGUUUCUUUCCUCGACUUCGUUCCUGUGUGAGGGAAUGAGAAUAGAACGUAAAGUGAUCUUAAACGGUCGUCGUGCUUUAUAGUUGUAACAAGUGUUUUUAUCAAUAUCGUUUUUUGAUUUGGUUAAUUUCGAUUUAGGCGAGAGUAAUAAUGCAGGCCAUCAAGUGUGUGGUUGUCGGGGACGGAGCUGUGGGUAAGACAUGCCUGUUGAUCAGCUACACCACCAAUGCAUUCCCUGGAGAAUAUAUCCCCACAGUAUUUGAUAAUUAUUCUGCAAAUGUGAUGGUGGAUGGGAAACCAGUUAAUCUGGGUCUCUGGGAUACAGCAGGACAGGAGGAUUACGACAGACUUCGCCCCCUGUCAUACCCUCAGACAGAUGUGUUCCUCAUCUGCUUCUCACUUGUGAGUCCUGCCUCUUUUGAGAACGUUCGUGCGAAGUGGUAUCCAGAGGUGAGACAUCACUGUCCAAACACUCCAAUCAUUCUGGUGGGCACAAAGCUCGAUCUGAGAGAUGAUAAGGACACUAUUGAGAAGCUGAAGGAAAAGAAGCUCACUCCCAUCACCUAUCCACAGGGCCUAGCCAUGGCCAAAGAGAUUGGGGCUGUGAAGUAUCUGGAGUGCUCAGCGCUCACUCAGCGGGGCCUAAAAACGGUUUUUGAUGAGGCAAUCCGGGCGGUACUGUGUCCUCCCCCAGUUAAGAAGAGGAAGAGGAAAUGCUCCCUGCUCUAAAGCAAUGACAGUACAUCGCUGUGAUCCAAACUGUAUUCUGGGGGAGAAUUGCUCCUCAAUUGUAUCUACCAUUACAACUUUAUACCUUCAUCAAACUUUUAGCAGCAAUAAUAUUAAUAGAUAUAGUCAAAUUCAUUCCCAUCCGAUCUGCUAUAGACAGACACGUACUGUGGCACUACUUGCGGCCUUUUGAUUAAUGGAUAUUUACAUUUAUAAUGGUAACAAUGUCCUGAAGUUGAUUCCUUCAAUUUAAAUCCAUUUUUUUGUUUACAGUCUUUGUUUGAAAUGAAUGAUGACCUUGCCAAAUAGCACUACAUGAGGAACUGCCACAAUGCUAGAUGUCACUUUUUACUUCCUACAUGCAGCAAAUGGUUUGCAAACUGAAAAGUAUAUUAAAGGCUGAUGGGUUGAAAUGGUUCUAAAGGCAGCAUUGAAGUCAUUACUCCAUACUCUGUUUAUGGAGAGGUGAGGUGUCCAGGUGAUCGGAUUUUUUUAAUGCUACAUCAAGGUUUUGUGUGCAUAAUUUGCUUUUUGUUUGGAGGUAGCACAGUAAUUUGUGAAAACAUUCAUGUGUAUGUGAUGCAUACGAUACAAUUUGUAAAUCUGACAAAUAUCUGGGUCAUUUCAUCCCAGAAUCAAAAGAAAUUUGUAUAUUAGUCUCACAUCUUAGAACACUAAAAACUUAUGCAAAAUAUAUUUUUUGGUUUGAUUUUGGGGUGAAAAAUAUACAUUUUCUUCAUCACCACCAGGAUAUGUUAUUUGGCUGCUGAAUCCUCAGUAUCUCACUCUCAGCUUCAUCCCAAGGUCCUUGCAUUAGUCCUAUUACAUCGUUACAAAAUAGAAGUAGACUACUGUCAAGAGCGUACACUACAGGACUGUGUUUAUGUGAAAGAAGUGUAUCUUCUCUCAAUAGUUUAUGUCUAUUAUAGUUCAUAUUUUUAUCUAGCAUUUUACUUGUGUACUAACAUGUAACUGUCAAAUGAGUUUUACCUGUUGAAAGCAUUUGCUUGUCUAAUUGAUUCAAAUGGCACAACGUGCAUUGUAUUCUUUUAACACUACUUGUGCGUAUUUACUUGAACCACUGUCCUAAGGCACAAGUACAGAAUGUGCAUUAUUUGCGAUCACCCUAUCAAGCAAUUUGUAUCUGCACAAUUAUAGCCAGUUUGUAACCCUGUUUUUUGGGUAAUCGUAAUAUCACCUGUUUUACUGAGAUAAUAAAAUCAAAUUCGGUUUAAACCUCAAAA